AUGGCAGGCUACACCGUCUGUAUCGACAUUGUUCUUAUCGUUCAAUACGUAUACUACUUAUGUCUCCAUAAGCACAAGGUCAAGAAGUACGGCGGAGACUACAUGAACAAAAAGAAUGAAGAAGAAAGUGUCACAAACAGCACGCCUACGAAAAGCCUGGCCACUGCCAUGUUAGGCAUAGUCGGAAUCUCUUGCUUCUACAUGCCCGCAGUGCUUAGCGGAGAGGCAGUCCCACCCCAUCUGGCUGUAAGGCACCUGCAGGGACGUCAGCUACUUCAGGCUGAUCCUAUGACCACCACACCAGAUCCAUGGGACAGCUUUCUAGCCACUAAGGAGGAGAAAAUCGGCUACGGCAUUGGCUGGGUUGGUACCGUUAUGUAUUUCUGCUCCCGGGUGCCCCAAAUUGUACAAAACUGCAAACGGAGGUCAACAGAGGGCCUCAGCUUUACCUUCUUCGCUCUGGCUAUUUUUGGAAAUAUAUUCUACGGCCUUCAGAUCUUCAUCAAGUCAACUGAUCAAGUUUUCCUUAUGAAGUCUCUUCCCUGGAUCCUUGGAAGUUUGGGAAUUUUAAUAUUCGAUUUCAUCAUCAUAGGCCAGUUUUUCGCAUUCCGUCACAAUAAAGCAGACGCAACCGUCCUAGAUGAAGGUGAUGAGUUCGGUAGUCGCGCCGAGACCGAGGAUGAAAAGUACUCCGUACUAUGA